GUUAUUUCUUUGUGUUGAUGUUUGACAGUGUUGUUAUCAAACAUGUAGGCGGCCCAAUAAAAAUCGCGAUAAGCACGUGAUAAAAGAAACAAUGGCACGACAAGAAUGUGUGUACGUAUCGUUUUGCUGGCACAGCAACGUAAGCAUCACUUGAAGGUGGACGUGACAGAAUGGCAGCUACGAUACUGGUAACUGGUGGGGCUGGGUAUGUGGGCUCACACACAGUAAUUGAAUUACUAAACUCCGGGUAUGAGGUGGUGGUCGUUGACAAUCUAGUGAAUGCUUGCCAAGGAAAAGAUGGCCAACCUGAGGCCCUGAAACGUGUUGAGAAGAUCACAGGAAAGAAAGUUAAAUUCUACAAUGUUGACCUGUUAAAGUUAGAUGAACUGGACAAAGUCUUUUCUGCGCAUCCAAUUUCCCUCGUUAUGCACUUUGCAGCACUUAAGGCAGUUGGAGAGUCAGUGUCAUUACCUCUUGCUUACUAUAAAAACAAUGUCAGUGGUUCAAUCAUUCUCCUUGAGGUAAUGAAAUCUCAUGGUGUGAAGAAACUAGUUUAUUCAUCAUCUGCAACAGUUUAUGGAACUCCUCAGAGUUUGCCCUUAACAGAAGAUCAUCCCACUGGUCAAGGCUGCACCAAUCCAUAUGGAAAAAGUAAAUACUUCGUGGAAGAAAUACUCAAGGACUUAGUUAUAUCGGAUAAGGAAUGGUCAGUUGUCUCAUUGCGUUACUUUAACCCUGUUGGUGCCCACAAAUCAGGUCAUAUUGGAGAAGAUCCUAGUGGGAUACCCAACAACCUCAUGCCAUACAUAUCUCAAGUGGCUGUUGGUCGUCGACCUUCAUUGUCUGUAUAUGGUUCUGACUAUGAAACACCAGAUGGUACAGGUGUCCGUGAUUAUAUUCACAUAGAAGAUCUGGCUCUCGGACAUAUAGCAGCUGCAAAAUUGCUUUUAUCUUCAUUGUCAGGUCAAUUCAAGGUCUAUAACCUUGGAACAGGUCGUGGGAAUUCUGUUCUUGAGGUGAUUAAAGCAUUUGAAGAAGCGAGUGGUCGUAAAAUUCCAUAUACCAUCUGCCCCAGAAGACCAGGUGACAUAGCAGCAUCGUACGCAGAUGCUUCGCUUGCUAACAAAGAGCUGGGUUGGACUGCUGCAAAAACUCUUCACGAUAUGUGUGCAGACACAUGGCGUUGGCAGUCACAGAAUCCACAUGGUUUUUCUUCGUCAGAACAUUAGUUAUGAUAAAGGAUGGUACCACCUUGAAGACUGUUCAUAAUUGCAACUGUGCAUAUUCAAAAAUAAUUGGAAGAAACCAUUACCAGUAGUUCCAGUAUUUAUGUGCCCAAUAAUCUGUAAUUUCAAUGAAAGUAACAUAAUUUUUGUGUAUGACACUGUGACAUAUGCAAUGUUUUGCAUUCAUAAGCACCGUAGUCUUAUUUUUAUGAAUUCGUUAUAUCUGACUACUCCAAAUUUGGUCCGCUUUCAUACAUUAGUGGUCAGUGUGGCUGCCUGCCACGCAGUGGACCCAGUUCAGUUCCUGGUAUUGUCAGGGAUUUUUUCUCAGUUGGAGGACUGGAACGGAGUCCACUCAGCCUCAUGAUGCCAAUUGAAGAGCUACUUGUAUGAGAAAUAACAGCUCCAAGGCUUGCAGAGUUAACAAUAACUGGAAAAGCAGUGUGUUGACCCCACACCCUUCAUACUGCGUCCAGGUGAUGCCAUUGGCUGAGGUUGACACAGCAGUCGGUCCAAAUUGGCCCAUCUGAGGUUAGAAUCACUGAGCUUUUCAUUUGUUCCAAAUUUGACAGGCAUAAAUUAUUACUUCUUGUGCUUAAUGAUCUUGGAUUUCAAAUCUUUUCUUAUCACAUUAUUUUAUCGAGUUACACUCCCCCUCCCUGCCCCUCCAAUGUGGGUGAAUUUAUGAAAUGGGAUGUGUGUGCAUUACAUUCAGUGCUGACGGAUCACUUAAAUACAUAUUUUAAAAAAGUAUGUUUGCAUCCCAAAAGUUUUGUUCAGAUGACACUAGUAAUUAUUCAUAUUGUCCUACAGGAGUAAGACAUUAAAAUCUCUGUCAGUAUUAUUUUGAUCUAAAGUGACAAAGGACACACACACACACACACACACACACACACACAGUGGUUAAUGUUCCAUAGAUUAGUAACACAAGUGUAGGUUAUCUACUUGCAGCUCGAACAAUGAAACAAGCAGCUGCCCAAUUUGUAAUGUAUUAGUAAACCAAACUGAAAUUGUAAAGUAUCAGUUUUAUGCAAGGUAUGUAACUUACGUAGCUGCUCAAUACGAUCCUCUCCAUAAAGUGAUCUGCAUAUUUAAAGAAAGACCAGUGGAACAUUUGUCUUCAUAGUGGAUCACAUAACCGAAUACUUGGAUAGAAACACAAUAUAGUAUUGUUUAUAGGGCAUAAUUUCAUGAUAAACAAUUGGAGGUACUCCAGAAGAUGUUUGGAGGUAUGUUGAAGUUUUGGAAUAGGGAUCAGGUGCAAAAAAAUGUCCAUUAUUGUGAUUUUGAGAUUGAAGAAAAUAAUGUGUGCUAAACUUCAGAACUUUAUUUGCAUCCAGAGAAUAAAUUUUGUUACAGUUAAAGUAUUUUAUACAUAAUUAAUCUGAUUGUAUUAAUACAAGCUUUGUACUCGGUUGCUGAUUUUCCAUUCACAUACAUGUUUGCUAUUUUGAAUAGUGUGCAGAGUUGAAUUCUUUUAAUCAGUUACACAUAAUAAGUUAAGGAAAAAAAAGUGAGACCUGUCUCUGUGAUCAACUUUCUGAAUAGAACAAGGUGUCGAAAUUGUCUAUAGCACCCAUACUUGGGUCAAAUACUAGAUUUUCCCUCUUAUUUUUGUAUUCUGUAAGAACAAGCUGACUUGAGAUUAUGUUAGCUGUCAUUGUAGCAGGUCAUCGAAAGAGUUGCAGACUUCAAAGUGGAAUUGCGUAGAUAAAAGAUAUACUCACCAAACGGUGACAGACGAAAACAUUUAUAAAGAUUAAGUGUGGUGCAGCCUCCAACAAUUUGUCUUUCUUUCUCAUCCCGUCUGGUAAGUUGCCUCUGACAUGGGGUUCUGGGCAACUUUUCUGAACUCUUCCCGUUUCCUAAACCUCGCCAGCCAGUCCUUUUUCUUCAUCCCUCUUCCUUCCUCUUCAACCCUUCUACCAGUAACUGCUGGCUCCAAAAGCUUGCACAUUUGCUUACCCUUUAUAUAUGUUGCCUCCUGCUGCUGCUGCUUGGUAAGUAGCUUCUUUAUCUAUCCAAUUUUAAUAUAUUUUGAAAAAUUUAUUAUUUUCAUUGCUAGACUUCAAAGUUAACAUUUUAUUAGAGAUUGUUCCCUUUUCUUGCAUUUUUAUUGUCAUAGAUCAUCUUUUAGAUUAAAACACUUGCCAACAGACGAAAUGAAGAUAUGAAACAUAAAGAGGAAAAAACAUAAGUUGUCUUAAAUGGUAGGAGGUGGGAAAUAAGGCUGUGACAUAAUGCAUACUGCAAAUAUUUCAUCUCCAAAUAGAAUAUUAUUGCUUUGUUCAGUUAAAGAGAGAUCUUGGUGUUGAAUAGAAAAUUAACAUUCUGCUAGAAUCGUGUAAAUAGUCUGUUCUCUUAAUUAUUGGCUAUAAAAUCAGUGGGAGAAACGUCCAUUAUUUUUACAAAAACCUGCCAAAUUGUAAUAAAGAUUAUAUUUCAUAACAUGUUACUUUUAGAUUAGUGCAGAAUUAAUUCACAAAAACUACACUUAUUCUGUCAAAAUGUUAUUACUAUGUUUGCUUGGAAGAAUUUGGCACAAUGCAGAAAGAAACCAGUCCAUUCUAAUGUGUUUUCCUUUGAUACUCGUCAAAUGUGACUAAUUUCAAAUUAGGACAUAUGGAUUCAUGAUUCACAAUUGUCUGAGUUUUCACAACUGUGGAUGUAACUAAACCAAACAUUCAUAAGUCUAAUGACGUACACUGAAAGUCCUUUUCAAGCAUUCACUUUCAAAAAGUGCAUCUUAUUGUCUGUUCUUUAUAAUUAUCUUUAAUAGUUUUGUAAUGUGAAUGCCAUGCAAUUCUCACCUAAGUACAAAUCACAUAGAGUAUGGUAAGCAAUCUUUUACACUUAGUGUUCCAAACUGUGCUGCAGAUUUCUGUUUAUUGAAACAGAAUUCGAUCCUAGUCGUCCUUGCAUGCAAUUGUGUUAUGCAAAAUAAAGCUUUAAAUGUUGUUGUGUGAUGUAUAUUAAUUAUUUUGUUAUGUCAUCGGUUUGUGUGCCCUAACAGCAGCAACCAAAUCGAAAUAUGUUCCUUAUUUGAAUAUGUACAGUUUUGUGAUUUGCAAUUUUAUUGAUCAAUGAAGUCGUUGCAGUGGACCGGUAGUACAAUAUUUGGUUGUUUAUAUUUGUGUAUAUUGACAUCUACCGACGUAUUAUGAACGUUGGAGAAUAUGAAACAUGUAUAAUUCCUAUUUUACGGCCAGUUGUAUAAAAAAAAAACACUGUAACUGUUUUUAGAUGGUGUGGUGCAGUAAAUAUUAUUUU